AAAGGAACAAAUAAAGCCAAGUGCUCUAUCAGAACCAAAUUGCCUGUCACCUGUGUUCCAGGAGCUGAACCAGAAAUGUCGUCCUCAGGCAUGCCAGACUUACCUGUUCCACUCACCAAUUUGAAGAUUCAAUAUACUAAGAUCUUCAUAAACAAUGAAUGGCAUAAUUCCGUGAGUGGCAAGAAAUUUCCUGUCUCUAAUCCUGCAACUGAGGAGACAAUCUGCCACGUAGAAGAAGGAGAUAAGGAGGAUGUUGAAAAAGCAGUGAAGGCCGCAAGACAGGCUUUUCAGAUCGGCUCUCCAUGGCGUACUAUGGAUGCUUCAGAGCGGGGGCGACUAUUAUACAAAUUGGCUGAUUUAAUUGAAAGAGAUCGUCUCUUGCUGGCAACAAUGGAGGCAAUGAAUGGUGGAAAACUAUUUGCCAAUGCGUAUCUGAUGGAUUUAGGAGGCUGCAUAAAAACAUUACGCUACUGUGCAGGCUGGGCUGACAAGAUCCAGGGCCGUACCAUACCAGCUGAUGGAGACUUUUUUACUUAUACAAGACAUGAACCUAUUGGCGUUUGUGGACAAAUUAUUCCCUGGAAUUUCCCGUUGGUCAUGCUUAUUUGGAAGAUAGGGCCUGCCCUGAGCUGUGGAAACACAGUAGUUGUCAAACCAGCAGAGCAAACUCCUCUCACUGCGCUCCAUGUGGCAUCCUUAAUAAAAGAGGCAGGGUUUCCUCCUGGAGUAGUGAACAUUGUCCCUGGUUACGGGCCCACUGCAGGAGCAGCCAUCUCUUCUCACAUGGACAUAGACAAAGUGGCCUUCACAGGAUCAACAGAGGUUGGCAAAAUAAUCAAAGAAGCUGCAGGGAAAAGCAAUCUGAAGAGGGUGACCCUGGAGCUUGGCGGGAAGAGCCCUUGCAUUGUGUUUGCUGAUGCGGACUUGGACAAUGCUGUUGAAUCCGCACACCAAGGGUUAUUCUACCACCAGGGCCAAUGUUGUGUAGCCGCAUCCAGGCUUUUUGUGGAAGAAUCCAUUUACGAUGAGUUUGUUCGAAGGAGUGUAGAGCGGGCUAAGAAGUACGUUCUUGGAAAUCCUCUGACUCCAGGAGUAAAUCAAGGCCCUCAGAUUGACAAGGAACAACAUGACAAAAUACUUGAUCUCAUUGAGAGUGGGAAGAAGGAAGGGGCCAAACUGGAAUGUGGCGGAGGCCCAUGGGGGAAUAAAGGCUACUUUAUCCAGCCCACGGUUUUCUCUAAUGUUACAGAUGACAUGCGCAUCGCCAAAGAGGAGAUAUUUGGACCAGUGCAGCAAAUCAUGAAGUUUAAAUCUUUAGAUGACCUGAUCAAGAGAGCAAACAAUACUCACUAUGGGUUAUCAGCAGGAAUCUUUACCAAAGACCUUGAUAAAGCCAUAACAGUGUCUUCUGCUCUGCAGGCUGGAACAGUAUGGGUGAACUGCUAUAGCAUGUUGUCUGCCCAGUGCCCCUUUGGCGGCUUCAAGAUGUCUGGAAAUGGACGAGAACUGUAAGAAUAACUUUGUAUUGAUAUAUU